ACGCACGUUCUAAUCAAAGUAGCCCUGAAUGCAUAUAGCGUCUCCUCUCCGUCCCUCUCUCCUGCGUACGCCCCUCUUUCGGCCUGCAUGUUAUGGAACGCUGUCCCGUCGAGCUCUGGUUGAGGAUCGUCACCCUCGCCUGCACAGACGGGGGAUACACAGGCUGCAGUCUAUGUCUUGUGUCUCAGAGGAUGAGACAUAUAGUGGAGAGUGUUCGCUUCUUAUCUAUCUCGCUCGUUCACGAAGAGCAGCUGCUUGCCUUUUCACGCCUGCUACCUGACCCAGACUCCCAGUACUCUCCACCCGUGAUUCGACACCUCCUCAUAUUCGUCAAAUUAUACUUUCGCAGUGACCCCGAGGGGAAGUCGAGGGGCGAAAGCUUGCAGCAGGCUACUCGAAAGAUUAUCUCCGUGGCUGCGCCCAAUGUGGAGACCCUCGUCGUACAUCAAGCCAGAUACGACCUUGUGUUCUCUAUGCUCAAAUUUCCCGCCCUCCGUGACCUUUCACUCGACGGGCUGAGCUCCAGCUCUGAAAUAAACAUCUCCCGCUUCCCCGCCCUUCGUCGUCUGCAUCUCGGCUCGAGCCAGGUCCUCCUUGACUUCUGGUCAGACCUGGCGCACUUCGCUCGCUCCCUCACACACCUCCGGAUCUCUGGCAUUGCCCUGAGUAGGACAAUCUCUCCAUUCCUCCUCAUCCUCCUCGAUCUGCCCAUUCAAAACCACGCUGAAAGUAUCGCCGCGAUAAGGAGGGACAACGAAUACACGCUGAGUUCGGCAGACGCCGCGAAUGCCGUUGCUUUUGCGGAAGGGCUCCCCGCGCUGGAACACAUCGUCAUACAGCCCUAUAAAAUUGGCAUCGUCAGCCGACGCGCUCCGGGCAUUCGCGAACACUACUUAAUGAAGUAUGGGUUAGUUAGGAUCGCGCGCGCGUGCGCUCAAGCGCAGGGCACCAAGAAGCUGUACGUACUGCCUGAUAGUCCGGCGUACAGCGUUGACGAGGCACGGAGGGAUUGGCUGGAGAUGGUUGAAGGCGGCGAUGGGCCUUGGUCCGCGAGCGCAGACGGGUAUGGCGUCGGAGCGUCUGUUCAUAACCAGAGGCAAGAAGAACAUGGGGCUCACGAUGUCCGGCCUCCGCCUCAUCUACUCCGCCGCAUCCCACACCAGGCUCUACCCACCGAAGGUGAGCUCCCACCGACUUCAUGAGUUCAUACAUUGAUUUGUGCGGCUUUGGCAGUCAGGAGUUAUGAUUCCGCUCAUUCCUCUGAGAGCUGAAUUGAUGAAAAUACACUGGUAAUAAUUUGGUUCACGAUAUUGCCAAGAGCAGGACAGGACCUAUGAGGAUGAUUUUUAUGAGAUUAUUAUGCUGCGAUGAUG